AUGCACACAAAUGGUGGGCUCAAUCAGAUGAGAGCUGCGCGUGGAUUAACUGGGAGGAUAGCAGAGGGAUUAAAAUCUUCUUUUAGAGAUGCUGGGACGUCGGACGAGAACACAUCAAAUGAAGUCAGGUAUCCAACUGUACUCUUCAAGCAGCAAUUAGCUGCAUAUGUAGAGAAGAUUUUUGGCAUGAUUCGAGAUCUUUCAAAGAAAGAGAUAGGGCCACUUCUUAGACUUUGCAACCAGGGAGGGAUACUUGUUAGCCCAUGGGUUUUUGGCGUUCCGUUUAUAAGGGUGCCACAUCUCAAGAACCCUGUCGGAAUUGGUUAUUUCAUAUUCCCUCGAGAUGGAUUUCAAGUAGUAGACAUGCUUGCUCAUUUCAGUUGCAUGUUUUAUAUAUUUAAAGUUGGAGUGCAAAUGGAUCCCAAAAUAUUAAAGAGAGCUGGGUGGCGACCAUGCAUCAUCGGAUUCUUUUGUAUGGUUUGCUCUUAUGUAGCUGGACUUCAAAUUUCCCAUGGACUCGUAAAUGAAAAUGUACCGGGACUAAAGACAUAUAAUAGGUACUCUGAUAGAGUAGUAGAUCUAUUCGGCAUGAUAUCCUUCCCUGUUAUCGUCUAUGUGCUCGAUGAUUUUAAAAUUCUUAACUCUGAGCUAGGUAAUUCAGCGAUUCAUAUAUCAAUGGUUGCUGAUUUUCUUCAUCUGGGUUUAAAAUUCUGGAGCAUUUUCCACCAAAUGACCAGAAGUGGAAACCUAACAUAUGCGCUACCUGCAGUGUUAAUUUUAUUGGGGACGGUGAUUUAUGUGUUUUUUAUUGUGCGGCCGGCAGCGUUAUGGAUUGUAAAGAAUACCCCUGAAGGGAGACCUGUAGAUGAUAUUUACAUUACCUUGAUAAUGAUUUCAGUUCUGCUGUGUGGAUUAGCUAGUGAAUAUUGUGGAUUGAAUGGUACAGUUGGGGUUUUCUUACUAGGUUUGGCUAUACCUGAUGGUCCACCUUUAGGAUCAGCUCUAGUUAAGAAGCUACGCAUUGUUUCUGUAUUUUUCAUGCCUCUUCAUAUGGGUAUCGUUGGAUAUAAGACGAACAUUCACUUAGUUACUUUUGUAUAUCUAUGGCGUGUUUUACUGAUCAUCCUCGGUAGUAUCCUUGGAAAGUUUAUCGGGCUUUUCAUCCCAGCUGUGCUUCUUGGAGUCUCGCCGCGAGAUAGUUUCUUGCUUGUACUUAUUAUGAAUCUUAAAGGCAUUGUCGAGGUUUCCACACUUAACACCUGGUUAGACUCAGUAAAUACCAAAGAAAUUUUUACUUCAUCAAAUACAAUCAUGGUUCUCGCACUUGUAGUGCUAGUAGCUAUUAUUACACCCGCGGUGAAAUACCUCUAUGAACCUUCAUCGAAAUAUUUAACCUACAAAGGAAGGUCAAUUUUGCAGUCGAAUGAAAACAACUCAGAUUUUCGAGUGCUUGUAUGUGUCCAUACCAUAGAUGAUGUUCCCGCCAUUAUGAGAAUCAUUGAAGCCUCCAAUCCUACCAAACUCCACCCACUCACCAUUUACCUCCUCCAUCUCGUUGAGCUUGUGGGUCGUGCUUCUCCUCUCCUUAUAUCCCACAAAUUGGAUGAACUUGCUUCCACAUCAAACCCUACCAAAUCAGAAAGGAUAAUCAAUGUUUUCCAAAAAUUGCAAAACCGAUACAAGAACCUUGUUACGGUUCAUCCCUUCACAACUAUCUCUCCAUAUGCUUCAAUGCACAACGAUAUAUGCACCAUGGCAGUCGACAAGAAGGCUGCUCUCGUUAUCUUCCCUUUCUGCAGGCAAGAUGCAAGUCUGAGGGGUGAUCUGGCCAGACCAAAUAUUUCCAAUCGUGCAAUAAAAACCCUUCUUCAAAAUAUGUUGCGGCACACCCCAUGCUCAGUCGGGAUCUUAAUGGAUGGUAGUAAUCUGCAAACAAAAUCUAGUUGCUUCUUGCCCGACACACCUUACCGAGUGAUUGUACUUUUUUUCGGUGGCCCGGAUGAUCGAGAAGCAUUGGCUUUUGCAAUGAAUAUGAUUCAUCAUCCGCACGUGUUUGUUACUCUUGUUAGGUUUUAUGGUCCUGCAAGUUUAUCAUCCAACGGAGUUAUUGACCAUUACAAUGAAUCGGUUAGAAUUGAUAUUGAGGGGAGGAACAUGUUUCUUGAUGAUGAAUUAGUAGACCAUUUCAGGGUUAACACCAUGCAUGAUGAAACAUUGAUAUACAAAGAAGUAGAGGUAAAAGAUGGUGCAGAAACAAUAUGGGCCGUCCGGUCACUUCACCAAGAUUUUGAUCUUAUGCUCGUAGGAAAACAACAAAUAGCUGAUUCAAAAAUAAUUUCAGGAUUAGAUGAAAAUUGGGAUGAAUGUGGAGAGCUAGGAACUAUCGGAGAUUUGGUAACAUCUCCUGAUUAUGGUGCCGAGGGCUCAAUCUUAAUAAUUCACCGACGGCAAGACAUUAGUUAA